CAUCAACACUAUGUUGGACUUGGAUGCAGCAAAGAAACAGAUAACAGACAGACCAUGUGAGGAGGUGUGAUUCUUACAACAAUGGACUAAAACAGGAACACUGUUACUGACGCAGUGGACCUCCACCAUCCUGCCAUGGAGGGGUCACCUGCAAGAAAAGUACCAGAUUACGGACAUCACAAAAAAGAGACCUCUGUUGGCCGCCCGCGGAUGUUCCGUCAGUCCACAGCGGACUGGAGCGGUGACGAGGGCCUACAGCCCAGGAAGCUGAACGGUUCCUCAGUGGAGACACCGACCUACCAGAACCUGCACCGGGAGCUGCUGCUCAGCCAUAAACGGGGUCUGCUGCUGGAGGAGAAACCGGAGCUGACACGAGUGUUGGAGCAGCGCAGACUGGAGCUGCACAGGGAGGAGGAGAUGGCUCAGAGGCGGCCGUCAGAUCUGGAGACGGAGCUCCGCAAGAGGCAACAGAAGAUGCAAGAGUAUGAGCAGGAGGAGAUCAGACAGCGGGAGAACCAGCAGAAGAUCCCAGAGUUUGUCCGUGUGAAGGACAACCUGAGGCGGACACAAACGUUUGAGCAGUGAGGCCCCGAGGCUCCCAUCAGCCCCUGCUGCAUCUCACCAUUGAGGCCCUGUCUUCAUGUUCACUGUCUGCUGGCUACAAAAACAUAACAAAGGCACCAGCUCACUACACACAUCUCUUAGUGAAGUUAACAUUACAUUUUUAAAUAUCAGAAUUUAAAUCAUGCAUACCAAGAAACACAUAUUUAGAAAUGUCUUCUUAAAUCUUUGAAACAGUUCUGAUGAAGGAGUGGAGUAUUUGUUUUUUAUUCAUAACUAUGUGGAUCAACGUUUGUUGAGGGAAAGAGGAUGGAUAUUUUUUAAGUUUUUUAUGGUCAUUAUACUAUGUUUCAACUUAUCAUGCUUCCUCCUGGAUAAAAAGCUGGAAGGGCCACAUAAUCCUCUAUGCGAUCAUUAACAUUUCUAAACAGAACUCUUUUGUAUUAAUAGA